CUGGUCAUGCAGGGCCGCCUAGGCGAGGCUAAGAGAGUCCUCAACAAAACCUCCAAUUCCAAAGAAGAAGCUCAGAUAAAGCUCAGCGACAUUAAAGAAGCCGCUGGAAUCCCUCUAGACUGUGACGACGACAUUGUUCAGGUUACAAAACGCAGCCAUGGUGAAGGCGUCUGGAAAGAGCUGUUUAUCUACCCAACUCCCCCCGUCCGACAUGUCUUGGUCGCUGCCAUUGGAAUCCACUUUUUCCAGCAAGCCUCAGGGAUCGACUCUGUUGGACUCUAUAGUCCAAGAAUCUUCGAGAAGGCCGGAAUCACUUCCGAUGGCCACAAGCUACUCGCGACCAUAGGCGUUGGAUUCGUCAAGACCACUUUCAUAUUAGUUGCCACGUUUCUACUAGAUCGGGUCGGGCGGCGGCCAUUGCUCCUCAUCAGCGUUGCCGGAAUGAUAAUUUCGUUGGGCACCCUCGGGGUAGGGCUCACAAUAAUCGACCACUCAGAGAAAGAGCUGACGUGGGCAGUGGUGCUUUGCAUGCUGUUGGUCCUAUCUAACGUGGCGUCGUUUUCAAUUGGAAUGGGGCCGAUUGCAUGGGUGUAUAGCUCGGAGAUCUUCCCGUUGAGGCUCCGUGCGCAGGGGACGAGUAUGGGAGUGGUAGUGAAUAGGGUGACGAGUGCGGUUAUAUCCAUGACAUUCAUUUCACUGUACAAAGCCAUAACGAUCGGCGGCGCAUUCUUCCUGUACGCCGGAAUUGCGGUUGUGUCGUGGAUUUUCUUUUACAUGUUCUUGCCGGAAACUCAGGGGAAGACGUUGGAGGAGAUGGAGGGGCUGUUUGGGAAAUUCAAUUGGAAGUGUUCAAAGGGAAAGAAGGAAAAUGAGGAAGAAUUUGAAGGCAACAGUAACGGUCAGGUUCAAUUAGGAAAUGUCAAUGGGCAAAGCUCGGCGUAAUGGUAGUUUAGUAAAUAUAUGUGCUAAGAAAUUUUAGAUCACAUAUGUUAUCCUUAAAAAUUGCCUGCGGGUGGAAUUGAAAGGAGUUAGGGGCAUAAGAGAAUUGAAAAUUAAAUAAAUUGAGAAUCCUUUC